GUAAAGUUAUGAAUAUAAUCGAUUAUUUUCAAUUUAAUUUUCUUUCUUAAAUUUUAUUUUUAUUUUUAUUUUUAUUUUUUGUGUGUGAUUUUGGUUCACGAGAAAAUUUUGGAACCGUGUCGGUUCCUUUUUCUCAAACAAAGUAUUCGAUUGGUUUGGUUGUUUUUCUGUCUCUUUCUUUGGAUAUUAAUUUAGACAAGUGGAGCGUAUGUUUUCUCGAAAUUUUGCCUUUUUUUUUUCUUUUCUUUUUUUGCAUGGUUCUGUACUUCCAGGGAAACAGAUUGUUCAUCAUCAAUUUCAAUGUUUUGUGAUGGUAGAGGAGGUGAACGCCAGGUACUUUUGCUGGAAAAUUGGAACUUGUUAACUGAUUCCUGCUCUGUUUUCAAUUGCUCUACAAAAAAGGUUCGGUAACUCCAUCUUCUUAUAUAUUCUCUAGCUGAUCCAAAAACUCCAGGGAAUGCUGAAAGAUGUGCUUCAAAGUUGAGAACUUAGCCUCAAAGAUCGAUGAGAUUGUAGCUCUUUUUGGGCUGCCAUCAUUUAUCAAUGAUGAGGUUGGACGUCUAACUUACUGCCGGAUAUGCUUAUAUACUCAAAUACCCAAGGCAGCAAGAAAUUCAACAGACCACAUCUUGUCAGAAUACGAUAAUUGUGGAGAUGGUUAAGCUUUUAUCAUCUUCUUGAGUGUAGCAGUUACUGUAUUGUAUACUACACUAUCAGGUUAAGUUGCUUGUAAUUUUGUACAGAAGUCAUAGCUUACAAUGGAAAACAAAGGGAGUUUGUUAAUGCAACGGUUUGAAUUGGGGAGAUUAUUAGGCCAAGGGACCUUUGCCAAGGUCCAUUAUGCAAGAGACCUUAAAACUGGCAUGAGUGUAGCCAUUAAGAUAAUCGAUAAAGAGAAGGUCGUCAAAGUUGGAAUGAUUGAUCAGAUUAAGCGAGAAAUAUCUGUCAUGAGACUGAUUAGACAUCCCAAUGUGGUGGAGCUUUACGAGGUAAUGGCCAGCAAAACCAAGAUUUACUUUGUUAUGGAAUGUGCUAAAGGAGGUGAACUCUUCAAUAAGGUUGCCAAAGGAAAACUAAAGGAGGAUGUUGCAAGGAAAUAUUUUCAACAGUUGAUUAGUGCUGUUGAUUAUUGCCACAGCAGAGGAGUGUCUCAUCGAGAUCUAAAACCAGAAAACCUACUAUUGGAUGAGAAUGGGAAUCUGAAGGUGUCGGAUUUUGGAUUGAGUGCCCUUGCUGAAUCCAAGCGUCAAGAUGGGUUGCUCCAUACAACAUGUGGUACUCCUGCAUAUGUUGCUCCAGAAGUGAUCAACAGAAAGGGGUAUGAUGGUGCCAAAGCUGAUAUAUGGUCAUGUGGGGUGAUCUUAUAUGUUCUACUCGCUGGCUAUCUCCCUUUCCAUGACUCGAAUCUGAUGGAGAUGUAUAGGAAGAUUGGUAAGGGUGAAUUUAAGUUCCCCAACUGGUUUGCACCAGAUGUACGCAGGUUAAUUACAAAGAUGUUGGAUCCAAACCCAAAUACCCGAAUAUCCAUGGCCAAAAUUAUGGAAAGUUCUUGGUUCAAAAAGGGAUUAGAACGCAAACCGAUAGUUGAGAAGGAAGAGAAACAACCAACCCUUCUGGAUGUUGAUGCAAUUUUUUCUCCCAGCGAAAAUACUAGUUCUGUUGCCGAACCAAGGCAAGAAUUGGCAAAGCCGUGUUAUAACUUAAAUGCUUUUGAUAUCAUCUCCUUUUCUGCAGGCUUUGACUUGUCUGGCUUGUUUGAGGAGACCGAACGUAAAAAAGAAGUGCGGUUUACUUCCAACAAGCCAGCCUCAUCGAUUAUCUCUAAGCUGGAAGACAUUGCCAAGCGUCUGAAAUUGAAAAUAAUGAAGAAGGAUGGAGGGUUGUUGAAAUUGGAGGGAUCAAAGGAGGGCAGGAAAGGACGUGUAGGCAUUGAUGCAGAGAUCUUUGAGAUCACCCCACUUUUUCAUUUGGUGGAAAUGAAGAAGUCAAAUGGAGAUACGCUGGAGUAUCAGAAGCUAUUGAAAGAGGACAUAAGACCCGCUCUCAAGGACAUUGUUUGGACUUGGCAAGGGGAGCAGCAGCAGAGACAGCCACUACAUAUCGGAGAACAAGAUCAGCAGCAGCAGCAGCAACAGCAACAUCCUCCUCAUCUAGGGGAACAAGAACAAAAGCAUUCUCAUGCGCUUCCAGUGAAUGCUGCAUCAGUACAGACUGCUGAACCUGUAACAAGUUAAAUUCUCCUUGUUUGCUUUGCUUUAUUUCUUGGUGGUCUUAUAUGGUUUUAAAACUCAAAACAAGAUUUUAACUUGCUGAAAAUGGUUUCUGGUUGCUGGUAGAUGUAACGAAAAUGCUAUUCACAUUUUCCUAGCUAUCUUACCAAGUAUAUUAUUA